AUGAUACUGCCUCAGGGAUCGCUGUUCUUUGUGAGCUUGGCAGCAUGCUCGACCGCCGUUGUUGCGGCGAGUAACGACGGCUCCGCACGUCCUCGGGGUGUUGGGCCCGAAUUCGCGAAGUUCUACAAGGACACCGACACAUUUACCUGCAUCUCGCACCCCGCUAUCAAGGUCCCCUUUUCCGCCGUCAAUGAUGACUACUGUGAUUGUCCGGAUGGUAGUGAUGAGCCUGGUACUUCAGCCUGUGCUCAUCUAUCCAAUAACUCGCCGUUGACGGCCGCUGACCGUCCUGGGAAUAACGACCUCGAUCUGACGCUAUCUCUGCCCGGGUUCUACUGCAAGAAUAAGGGUCACAAGCCCUCCUAUGUGCCCUUUCAGCGGGUCAAUGAUGGGAUCUGUGACUAUGACCUAUGCUGUGAUGGGAGUGACGAGUGGGCUCGUGUCGGGGGCACCAAGUGCGAGGACAAGUGCAAGGAGAUUGGCAAGGAAUGGCGAAAGAAGGAGGAGAAGAGACAAAAGUCGAUGACGACUGCGCUGAAGAAGAAAAAGGAACUGCUGACUGACGCCGGAAGGCAGCAGAAGGAGGUCGAGGAGAGCAUUAACGGACUGGAGGUUCAGAUCCAGGGCCAGGAGAUGAAGCUCAAGGAUUUGGAGGCUGAUCUGGAGGAGAUCGAGAAGCAAGAGCGGAGCAAGGUGGUGACAGGCAAGAAGGCGGGCAAGGUCAAUGUGCUUGCCCAAGUCGCCAAGGGCCGAGUUGAGGAACUUAGAACCGCGUUGGCUGAGGUCCGUAAGGAGAGGGAUGAGACUCGCUCUCGCGUCAAGGAGCUCGAGGAGAUUCUCUCCAAGUUCAAGGUCGAAUAUAACCCGAAUUUUAAUGACGAGGGUGUCAAGCGCGCUGUGCGCAGCUGGGAGGAAUAUGCCGCUAGAGGUACCUCUGAAGGCCUGGGGAACGCUGCCCGUGACCGUGAUCUGGAUGAGAUUGCCAAGCCCGAUGACGACAAGUCUGGCGUCAACUGGGAGCAAUGGGAGAAUGAAGAGGAUGGAUGUGAAGCCAAUCCUGUCUACCAGCUGGCAGCCUAUCUGCCUCCCUCUCUUGUGAACUUCAUUGAGGACAAGUCCAAGGCAGUGACAGAGGCCCGUGACGCCGUCGAUGCAACCCGCAAGUCCAUCGAAGAUUUGAAGAGGCAGGUAAAGGAUCACAAGGAGGAUCUCGAUACGGACUACGGUGUGGGAUCCAUCUUCCGUGCUCUUAAGGGCGUCUGCAUCCAAAAGGAUGCCGGAGAGUACACAUACGAGCACUGCUUCUUGGAUCAGACUAAGCAGAUCCCGAAGAAGGGCGGAUCAACGGCACGCAUGGGCAAUUUCGUUCGCAUUGGAUCUGUCACCAUUGAUGAGCUCAACGAGUCCGGCGAGAUUGUCCCCGAGGAGAGGAUAUCUCUCGAGUACGCCAAGGGACAGACGUGCUGGAACGGCCCUGCUCGGUCCACGAGUGUCAUCUUGCAGUGUGGCGAGGAGAACGAGAUUCUGAAGAUUGCUGAAGACGAGAAAUGCGUCUAUUCAAUGCUCGUCAACACCCCUGCCGUGUGCCCAGGGGGAGAGGAAGACGCCCAUGCAGCCUCGGGCCGCAAGGAUGAACUGUGA